ACAAAUCCACCGCCCUCCACCUCCACCUCUCCGCCGUGCCCAGGCUCCGUCUGCGCUGCGUCUCCGGCGCAGCUUUUUACGCAGCCAAGGCGUCGCUGAUUUGCCCGCAAAAAAAUAUAUAAAAAGGUGGAGAAACUCAACAGUUGUUGCUGCUUUUUGUUUGCAUGUCGACGUGCAUAUUACUGCCAUGUGGAGGCUACUGCAAUCGUGCUGUUUCUGCUGCUGCUGGAUUUUCUCUCUGGUUUUGCCUGCCUUCGUGCUCCUCUGGGCCGACUGUCAUCCCGCGCUGACAGGAAGCCAAGACGGGUCCAAAGCCCCUAUCCAAGGCCUUCGCAUAGCCGCGGCUAGUGGGACACGACUCCGGAGAGCCACGGGCGAGGAGACCUACUGGGCCUACUCAGGUAUAUACGGGCCAGACGAAGGCUGGGCAUCAUCCUAUCCAGCAUGCAGAGAGAGAAACCAGUCCCCCAUUAACAUUGUGGACCAGGAUACCAAAGUAUCCACAGAGUAUCAGGAACUGACACUGGAGGGCUUUGAUACAGAAUCCUCUAAUAAGACCUCUAUGAAGAACACCGGCAAAACAGUGGCCAUUAUGUUGAAGGAUGAUUACUUUGUACGAGGAGCAGGCCUACCAGGGAGGUUUAAGGCAGAAAAAGUGGAGUUUCAUUGGGGUCCAAACAAUGGAUCUGAAGGCUCUGAACACAGCAUUAACGGCCGCCGGUACCCUGUGGAGAUGCAGAUCUACAUGUACAACUCAGAUGACUUUGACAGCCUCAGUGCAGCUCUGACGGAGAAGAGGAUCAUUGCCGCCAUGGCUGUUUUUUUUCAGGUGGGAGGGAAGGACAAUCCUGCUGUCGACCCCAUAAUCCACGGCCUGAAGGGGGUGGUCCAUCACGAAAAAGAGACUGUCCUGGAGCCAUUCGUGCUAAAGGACCUGCUGCCAUCCGCGCUGGGAAGUUAUUAUCGCUACACCGGCUCUCUGACCACCCCCCCCUGCAGUAAAGUAGUGGAGUGGAUCAUCUUCAGCAGACCUAUCUAUGUCUCCUACAAACAGUUGGAGGCCUUCUACUCCAUCUUCACCACAGAGCAGCAGGACCAUGUGAAGUCGGUGGAGUAUCUGCGCAGCAACUUCAGGCCCAUCCAGAGCUUGGACAACCGUCACGUCUUUAAGUCAGCAGUCAAAGACGCCUGGCUGCCGGAUCUGACUGACAGCGGCAGCGGACCUUACGGCACCGAAGCUUCCAAAGCAUGCAGCAGUGCUCCCAUCAACAUGAAGGUGCAGCAUGUCAACGCCAGUGCUCUGGUUGUGCGCUGGGCGCGUCCCGAGGUCACCUACCACCCGCCCAUCCUCCACUUCCUGGUGUCGUACAGUUGGACCACCCAUGACGACAGCUACGAGGAGACGCACCUCACCGACGCCAAACACAAACUGGAGGCCGUCAUCUCUCCUGUCUCUCCUGAUGUGCUCUACCUGUUCCGAGUCCAGGCCAUCUGCAUGAAUGACAUGCGCAGUGACUUCAGCCAGAGCAUGCUCUUCAGAGCCAACACCACCAGGAUCUUUGAGGGGACGAGGAUCGUGAAAACUGGAAUGUUUCUUUCUCAGCCGACGGUGUCUCCAGCCUCCUCGGCCGACAUGGCUCCCAUCUCCUCCGGCUCAUCUACCUGGACCUCCUCAGGCAUCCCCUUCUCCUUUGUCUCCAUGGCGACAGGAAUUGGCCCUUCCUCCAGUGGCAGCCAGGCGACGGUGGCGUCCGUAGUAACCAGUACUUUGCUGGCCGGCCUGGGCUUCAGCGGCGGUGUUAUCUCCUCCUUCCCUAGCUCCGUUUGGCCGAGCAGAGCACCCUCCCAAAACCCCAUCUCCACGCGUCAGAGCACCGACGCACCCGAGCCCGCCAAAGGAGCUGCGGCGGUGGCAGCCACGGAUAACAGCAAAGCUGGGGGUGAGGACGGAGAGCACAGCCAGGGCCAAGGAGAGGAUGGAGAGAAGGAAGAAGAGGAUAAGGAAGAAGAGGAAGAAGAGGAGGAGAAAGAGGAGAAAAAGGAGAGAAAAGGAUCAGGAGGGGUGGUUGAGGCCGGGGGGAAGGACAACAGCGCAGCGGUGAAUGAGCCGCCCAGCCAGACACCGGACACUACCGCUAAGGAGAAAGAACCAGACCCAACUAGAACGCCACCUGGUGAAAAAGGCCAACUGGAUGUGUAUACCCACAAUCCUUUUGACUCCACUUCCACCACAGAGGCAGCCAAUGAAACGGCAGAGUUUCUUGCCCCCCAUGACCCAGCGCCGACGCGCCAACCCAGCUCAGGGGGGAACAAGAAGCACUGGCCUUUCUCCAUCCACACUGACGGUCCCAAUGGAGGGUCCAACCUGACCCACCAUGCCAGGCCCGGCACCGGGGCGGGGAUGGGCCGUGUGGAGUGGCUGGUCCCGUUGGUGCUGGUUUCCGCUCUGACCUUCCUGUGCCUGGUUCUCCUGCUGGCUGUGCUCGUCUACUGGAGGCGCUGUUUCCAGACAGCCCACUUCUACGUGGAAGACAACAAUUCACCCAGGGUGGUCCCCAAUGAGACGAUCCCUGUCAUCCCCAUUCCAGAUGACAUGGAGGCGAUUCCAGUCAAGCAGUUUGUCAAGCACGUCUCUGAGCUCUACUCAAAUAACCAACGGGGAUUCUCUGAAGACUUUGAGGAGGUUCAGCGGUGCACUGCUGAUAUGAAGAUCACGUCAGAGCACUCCAACCACCCUGACAACAAGCACAAGAACAGAUACAUCAACAUAGUGGCCUAUGACCACAGCAGGGUGAAGCUCCGGCCGCUGGCUGGGAAGGACUCCAAACACACCGACUACAUUAACGCCAACUAUGUGGAUGGUUACAACAAGCCCAAAGCAUACAUCGCAGCCCAGGGACCUCUCAAGUCCACCUUUGAGGACUUUUGGCGGAUGGUUUGGGAGCAAAACACCUGCAUCAUCGUCAUGAUCACCAACUUAAUGGAGAAAGGCCGGAGAAAGUGUGACCAGUACUGGCCAUCAGAGAACAGUGAAGAGUACGGCAACAUGGUGGUCACACUGAAAAGCAGUUUAGUGUACGCCUGCUACACUGUCCGCUGCUUCACAUUGAGCAACACCAAAGUGAAAAAGUGUGGGAAGGGGAACCCUAAAGCAAGGGUCCAGAGUGAACGGACGGUGCUCCAGUAUCACUACACCCAGUGGCCCGACAUGGGUGUCCCCCAGUACACCCUGCCCGUCCUCACCUUUGUCCGCAGGUCCUCAGCCGCCCAGAAGCCUGACAUGGGCCCCAUGCUUGUCCACUGCAGUGCUGGAGUGGGACGGACGGGGACGUACAUUGUCGUAGACAGCAUGCUGCGGCAGAUCAAGGACAAGAGCACAGUCAAUGUACUGGGCUUCCUCAAACACAUACGCACCCAGCGCAACUACCUAGUCCAGACUGAGGAGCAGUACAUCUUCAUCCACGAGGCCUUGAUGGAAGCCAUUUUGGGGAAGGAGACGGAAGUGUCAGCCAACCAGCUUCACAGCUACUUCCACAGCAUCACGACGCCCGGACACAGCAGGCGGACACAUCUGGAGAAACAGUUCAAGAUGGUAACACAGUGUAACGCCAGAUUCAUGGAAUGCUUCAACGCUCAGAAGGAGUGCAACAAAGAGAAAAAUCGGAAUUCCUCCGUGGUGCCGUCGGAGCGAGCGAGGGUGGGCCUAGCACCUUUGCCCGGCAUCAAAGGCACGGACUACAUUAACGCCUCUUACAUCAUGGGUUACUACCGGAGUAACGAGUUCAUCAUUACCCAGCAUCCUCUGCCUCACACCACUAAAGACUUCUGGAGAAUGAUCUGGGACCAUAAUGCACAAAUUAUUGUUAUGCUGCCGGCCAACCAUGGACUGGCAGAGGAUGAGUUUGUGUACUGGCCCAGUCGGGAGGAGGCCAUGAACUGUGAGGCGUUCACUGUCACUCUCCUCAGUAAUGACCGGCUCUGUCUGUCCAAUGAGGAGCAGAUCAACAUCCACGACUUCAUCCUGGAAGCAACGCAGGAUGACUAUGUUUUAGAGGUUCGGCACUUUCAGUGCCCUAAGUGGCCGAAACCCGACGCCCCCAUCAGCAGCACCUUCGAGCUCAUCAACGUCAUCAAAGAGGAGGCGGCCACCCGCGACGGACCGACCAUCGUCCACGAUGAGUUGGGAACAGUGUCCGCCGGCACGCUAUGUGCCCUCACCACCCUGUCUGAGCAACUGGAGAGCGAGGGGGCCGCUGAUGUCUACCAAGUGGCCAAGAUGAUCAACCUAAUGAGGCCCGGAGUCUUCACAGACAUUGACCAGUACCAGUACCUAUACACAUCUCUGCUCAGCCUCGUCAGCUCAAAGGACAACAGCUCGUGCACCCUGGUCGGGGACAGUAAUGGGACCAUGGCGUCCAUGUCCGACCAGUCUGACCAGGCAGAGAGCAUGGAGUCCCUGGUGUGAGAGGAGCCCUUCAGGGGGCUUGGAGCUUAGCGGAGCAGAGGGCGUCUGGGGUCUCUCGGAGCGCCAGAAAGGAGCCCCUUACCUUUGUAAAACGUCAAGGAACUCUUGUGAACAAGACUUUUUGAGGCCUUUUUGCCAGACUCUUGGUUAAAACGAAUAACCUGAUUACUUUUUUACACUGAUAAAAAGUUUUUGAUAUUUAUUUUUUUCGCCAUUUUAUGUCUUAAUGUUCUCCUACUGAAGGGAUUGCACCUGCGUUUUUAAGUUUGACGACGGCCUCGGUCGGUAGGCAACGAGAAACACUCUUCUGUCUUUUCUUGUUUGCACUAUACAAUGUCAGUGUUACUGCCUAUACUAAAGCUGACUCACUUGGCUUUUCUCCACUCAAGUUUUGAAUUAUUUUAUUUUUUUCGACAUUCCAUGGCUUUGGCCCUUAUUGAAUCAACUGCUUCUGUGAAGGACAUUGUUCUGCCUGCCAGCUACCAGUUGAUUUAAAGACAGUGGGCAGAGGAAGGCACCGAAUCUCCGCCUCAGUGACAAAAAGCUGUUUGACUACAGCUCAGCGUGACCUCCUCCGCCCUGCUCACAUAUCCUACUGAUAUUACCACUCAUGUAUCACAACAACCGAGAUCUUGGAACCUAUUGCCACAGACAAGUAGCGCUUGUUUUUAGUGAGUAGUUUCCUCUUAUCGUUCAGUAGGGUCGGGCAUCGUUGAUGUGAACAGUUCUGAUUCCAAUUGCGAUUCUCCUUCCAAUUCCGGUUCUUAUCAACUUCAAUUCUUUGAGGGUUGAGUUGAAGCAGGUCACAGGCUCAUGCUGCUUUCUAUUAUCCUCAACGAUCCGACUCGGACCACGGAUAUCGGAAUUCUUGCUCGGUGUCUACAAGCUUGUCUGAGUACCGAGCUCUUAAAUCCGAGGAAAGGGGACGUGUUGGUGUGUGUUGCUAGGCAACGUCUGUCUUUCUAGUCAGAACUCCGACUCAGAUAAAUUAAUAGAACACAGCAAUAUUUCCCAGAUGAGAGGAACAUUUGAUUUUGUUCUAUGGUGAAGUACAGUUUCAUAACUGGAAAGCCACACUAGGGUGUUGCUUACUGUGCUCCAUGGCUUCAACAAGCGCCUGGAAGUACGAGGUCGCUACGGAAACCAAAACUUGCGUCUGUUAAAUUUGGAAGCGAUGAUUAGAUUCAAAAGUUCGGAAAUUUGCAAAACAAUUUUCUAAACACAUGAAAAAACAAUUCCAUUGGAAUCGUGAUUUUUUUUUCCAAGGUGGAACCGGUUCUAGAUGCUCAAUCCUACUAUUCAAUUUCUGUUUUCUUCCUUGUUUUCUUGUCACACUCCCUCUUUAUUAGCGAGUCACGCCCAUGUUAGAAUACUUAAGGUGGUGUAAUGACUGCUACUGUGAAGUUUUAUUAUUAUUUCUUUGUAAAAUUCAUAAUAUGCUUUUUAAUAUAUGGAAAUACUGUAUGUAUACAUAUAUAAAUAUAUCCUUAUCAUAAUAACUUUG